GUAAAACUUUAAUAAUUCAUUUAUAAAGGAUGUGGAUUCCCACAAAAAAUAAAAAAUUGGGAGUAUGUAUAUAUAAUUAUGAUGGUAACACAAAAUAUGGCCUACCUCUUGAAAUUGGUGAGACAGUUCAAAUUUUGGAAGAAUCUGGUGGGUGGUUUCGAGGCUUUUCGAUUCGGAACAAGACUUUGAAGGGCAUAUUUCCAGCUUCAUUUAUUUAUUUAAAAGCUUUUCAUAUCUAUAAUGAAGGCUUGUAUGAAACUGUCGCCCCUGUGGAAGAUUCUACCGUGAAAGAAGUGGCAUGUGUUUUGAGGGAAUGGCACACAAUAUGGAAACGUUUAUAUGUUCGCCGAGAGGUUUCCCUUUUCCAGAGACUUCUCACUGUGAUGAGAGAUUUGAUAGAAUGGCGAAGGCAGCUUAUAACAGGAACCCUGACUCAAGAUCAAAUAAGGGAACUAAAAUGCCAAAUCACUGGAAAAAUAGAUUGGGGAAAUAGGCAGCUUGGAUUAGAUCUUGUGCCCCGUCUUAACAAUGAAGUUGUGGAUGUUGAUUCUUUAAGUCCUAUUGAAUUACAUCAAGUGCACGUUCGAAGUUCUGAAAAUGUGGCUGGGCUGCUGGGCCGCACUACUGCAAAACGUAGGGAAACUAAAAGAUCGCCAAAUCAUCACCUUUAUCUUUGCAUGAGAGACUUCAGUUGCAGUCUUGGAGAAGAUAUGGAAAUAUUUUUUUCACUUUACGAUGCUCAGCAUAGUGAAACUAUUAGUGAGAGAUUUCUAGUCAGAUUUGCCAAGUAUGGUAUGUCUCAUUUUGUAGAAAAAAUUCACAACUCUUGUACAAUAUUUACAGAUUUAGGUGCAGCUGAUUUAGGUAGAGAAUUAUAUUUGGUAGCUCACAUAAUAAGGAGUGGUAGAAUGUUAAAUGAUUCUAAAAAGUCGGCAGUUCAUUCAUACAGAAGACCUUAUGGCUGUUCCGUUUUAAACAUCAGUGAUGUUUUGAUGGAGAAAAAUGAGGGAGCAUUGGAUGAAGAAAGAGAGUACACAGCUAAAGUUUAUACGUGUAGUGAAAGUGAUUUUAGUCAACUUCAUGAGUUUAUCAUUAAAAAGUUGAGUAACAAGUUCAAUGUUUUGUCUGGUCAACAGAAUUAUGGUCUUGUUUUGUCAUUGAGGCUUCUCAAUGGGGAUUUACAACAACUUCAACAAGAAAGUCCAUUGUUAUUUAAGAAUUUAGCAGUAACGCAUAAAUUAGGUUUCAGUGAUGUAAUUAUGCCAGGUGAUGUCAGAAAUGAUCUUUACUUGACAUUGGAAAAAGGAGAUUUUGAGAAAGGUGGUAAAUCCACAGGAAAAAACAUUGAAGCUACUGUGAUACUUGUUAAUGCAGAGGGUCCUCUUUUAGAUAAGUGCAUUAGUCCAGGUGCUGGCCACGAGAAUGUUGUAGAAUAUCAUUCUGUUGUUCUUUACCACAACAAUACACCUAGAUGGAUUGAAAUGAUAAAGUUAGCUGUGCCAAUAGAAAAAUUUGAUGGGGCUCAUGUUCGAAUCGAAUAUAGACAUUGUUCAACCAGGGAUAAGGAAAAGAAGCUUCUAGGAUUUUCAUUUAUUCAAUUGAUGGAUGACAAAGGUACCAUAUUAAAAAAUGGAAGUCAUGAGCUUUAUGUUUAUAAAUGUGAAGACAGGCCUAAACUACAAGAUCCUAAAGUGUAUUUAAGUCUUCCUUGUGGUCCAAAAGAAGGUGGCAAUACUACUCCAAGUAGCCUUAGUAGCAGUAAUGCUCCCAUACCUCCAUCUCCUCCCCCAUUCCCUAAUGCAACUCCAGGCCAAUUUUUUCCUCGUAGUUCCCGAGAAACAGUUCAUAUCCAAACAUUACUGUGCUCUACCAAACUGACUCAAAAUGGGGAUCUUUUAUCCUUAUUGAAAUGGAAAGCUCACCCAGAAAGAAUUCAAGACACACUGCAUAAAGUCAUGAAGUUGAAUGGAGAAGAAAUUGUUAAGUUCUUGCAAGACAUUUUAGAUGCACUUUUUUCCAUGUUUUCAACUGGUGAUGGAAAUUCAACUUCUCAUUCUGGACUUGUUUUUAAAGUUUUAGUUCAUAUCUUAAGCUUAUUAGAAGAUAACAAAUUUGAACAUUUCAAGCCUGUCAUGGAUGCAUAUAUUACAGGUCACUUUGCUGCCGCCUUAGUUUACAAAGGCUUAAUAAGCUGUGUGAAGCAUUGUGCUGAUCUGGUACGAGAUGCAGAUAAACAAGAUGCCAUUCAGAAGUGCUUUCGAUCUUUAGAGUACAUUUUUAAAUUUAUAAUUCAAUCAAGAAUAUUAUUUGCAAGGGCAACUGGAGAUCAGAGUGAAGAAGCUUUUAAAGCUGAUUUGUACUUACUAUUUAACUCUUUUAAUAGAAUGCUUGCUAUCAACCAUGACCUCAUAAUAUUGCCUACACAAAUUGCAUUAGUGUCUAGUUUCGGUCAGAUUUAUGUUCAAUUGCUCAAUGUGUUAUCAGUUCAAGAGGUGGCAAAAAUUGUGAAGCUCACAAUUGACUGUUUGCCAUCUGAUCCUCCUGCUGCUUUGGUGCAAGCAAAACUUCAGUGCAUUCAUGAUACAGUUAAAAGUGAAAUAUUUCAGCAUAUAGAUUCAAGGGUGGAACUGCUAGAAGUAUUCACGAGGCACUUGAAAAAGCAUAUGCUGCAGCAACAGGAGUCAACUAUGUGUGCCAAUAUUCUGGGAGAUAUUUUGACUUAUUUACAUCAUGAGCAUGCAAAAAAUCCUGCAAAACAUCAUUCAGCUGGGCAUAUAGUCAACCGAGAAGUUGAAAUCUUGGUUUUAAUUUCAUUGGAAACUUUGAUUUUCUGCGUUAGGGAAGUUGAUCGAACAUCACCUGUUUUGGGCCCAUUAGUGGCAUGUUUGGUGGCUCUUUUAAGAUUAAUGGAAGAGCAACAUUAUAAUCGUUUGUGGGAAAAAUUUGGAAACAUUAGGCAAAGAAGAGAUCGUCGUCAACUGAGAGAAUUCCUACUUAACGUGUUUUCUGUCUUUUUGGACUUCGUGAAAAAAGAUGUUUUUCCAUCAGAUUGGGUCAUCAUGAAAAUGCUUACUAAUCAUGUGAUUCUUUGUGCUCUUCAAGAAUUUUCUCAACCUUUGACUGUAGAUUUUUUAGACGGAAUAGCUUUUGAUGAACAACUGUGGAGCAGCUAUUUUUCUUUAGCUGUGUCUUUUCUUACACAACCCGCACUGCAGCUAGAAACUUUUUCAAAUGUAAAGAAAGAAAAAAUAAUUGAGAAGUAUGGUGAUAUGAGAGUACUUAUGGGUUUUCAGAUUUUAUCUAUGUGGGAUAAACUAGGUGAUCACAAAAUAUUUUUCAUACCGGCUAUGGUUGGACCAUUUUUAGAAGUAACUUUAGUACCUGAAGUGGAUUUAAGGAAAGCAACCCUACCAAUAUUUUUUGAUAUGAUGGAUUGUGAGCAAAAAGUCCGUGGUAAUUUUAAACAAGUAGAAUCAGAACUUAUAGAUAAAUUAGAUAUUUUAGUUAGUGAUAACAAAGGAGAUGAUGAGUAUCGGCAGCUUUUCAAUACCAUGGAACAUUUGAGCUCUGUCCUUUUAGAAAGAGUUAGAACUAGUGAUCCAGCAUGGAAAGAAAACGGGGUUGCUUUCAUUAAUUCCAUUACUAGACUUUUAGAAAGAUUAUUGGAUUACAGAAAUGUAAUGGACGGUGAGGAAAAUAGAGAUAAAAGAAUGAGCUGCACAGUCAAUCUUCUGAAUUUUUAUAAAAAUGAGAUCAACAGAAAAGAAAUGUAUGUACGAUAUAUUUACAAGUUGUGUGAGCUUCAUUUGCCAGCCGAAAAUUAUACAGAAGCUGCCUUUACUUUAAAGCUGCACGCAGAUUUGUUAACCUUUUCUAACAACACCUUGCCAGCUGAUCAUCGAUAUAAUCAACAGCCAGAGUGGCAACGAAAAGAAACACUGUAUCACAGAAUUAUUGAUUACUUUGAUAAAGGAAAGUGCUGGGAAGAAGGUAUACCACUGUGUAAAGAACUAGCUGAAUUGUAUGAAAAAAAAUUGCUGGAUUAUGCGAAACUCAGCAUUGUGCUGAAAACACAAGCAAAAUUUUUUGAUAAUAUUUUAAAUCAGAUACGACCAGAACCGGAAUAUUUUAGAGUUGGAUUUUAUGGACUUGGAUUUCCACUUUUUUUAAAGAAUAAAGUCUUUGUGUAUCGUGGUCUUGAAUAUGAAAGAAUUGGAGCAUUUACUCAAAGGUUACAGACAGAAUUUCCUCAAGCUCAAAUUUUGAUGAAAAGUACAUCACCCGAUGAAAGCAUUUUGAACUCGGAUGGUCAAUACAUUCAAAUAUGCAAUGUAAAACCAAUACCAAAACUCAGACCUGAGUUUGAAAAUCGUGAUAUUCCAGAGAAAAUUAUUAGCUAUUACCUAGUCAACGAUGUACAUUCAUUUCAGUUUGAUAGACCAAUUCAAAAGGGACAAGUGGACAAAGACAAUGAAUUCAAGAGUUUGUGGAUUGAACGUACAACUCUGACAACAGCUUCUCAACUCCCUGGUAUUUUGAGAUGGUUUGAAGUUAUCGAAUGGCAUGUUGUGGAGCUAUCACCUAUAACUCAUGCGUGUGAAACUGUUGAGCAUAUGAACAAGGAAUUGCGCAAACUCAUUGCGCAAUACACAGCAGAGCCUCGCCGUUCCAUAAGUCCUUUGAGUAUGAGGCUGCAGGGUGUGAUAGAAGCUGCAGUCAAUGGUGGCAUUGCUAAGUAUCAGGAGGCCUUUUUCACACUUGAAUUCAGCCUUCAAAAUCCAGAAGAAACACAAAAAAUCAUCAAAUUAAAGUCUUUAAUUUUAGAAAAGGUACAAAUAUUAGAAGGAGGUCUUUCGCUUCAUGGACGACUAGCACCCCCUGAAGUUAUUCCUUUACACCGUCGCUUAGUUGAUCGAUUUUCUGUAAUGAAGCAGUCAAUCAGAGAAGUAGAUUCUCCAAGUUUGACGUCGAGGUUCACCAUGAACCGAAGAGGAGACUUACCACCCACCCCUGCCAAUGAAAAUGCAGAUUAUCGAAAGGCAUCAAUUGUGAACACUCCUCUACCUCCUUUGCCUUGUGAUUCAACACGAAAACCAACUCUGGAACCUUGUGGCAGUAACAGAUCUUCAUCUUCAGGUUCAAGCAUUUAUGGUCACUUUUUCCCAGAAGGCUCGGAUGAGGAAGAAAUCUAUACUCAUCCUCCCAGUGAUAAAAACAUAGAGGUUAAUAUCCCGGUUUCUCCACUUUCUGCUGCUUUGCAACCCCCUCCUCUACCCAACAGACCAAGAUCUGUAGCAUUGCCUCCAGCUGUAGAGAAGAUUUGUAACGACAGAGCGAGGCCUCAAACAUCUCCACCAAGAGAUACUGUUGAAGACUAUUCUCAUCCAAGAGGAUACCUAUACAACCGACUCAUCAGUCCAAACAUUCCAGUCAAAUGGUUGCAAACUCCUGAUGGGGUUGAUAAAAUACUAUCAAUGAGUCCGAGUACUAGUCCAAAAGGUUCAGCAAGGAACAGUUGGUCAGAACAGAGUCUCCUUCAAGAGGAAGCACCACCUUUACCUCCUAGAGGUAAUGAGAAGCGAAUGGUUUCGUCAUGGACUGGUACUCCUCAAGCCGAGGAACCCAAACCAGCACUUCCCAGGAGACUAAUGAAAAAGACUGCUUUGUCUGCGAUGUCACCACAGCCGAAAGAUCUACAUGUGCCAACAGUAGCCGAUUCCCCAGAAAUCCCUUCUCCUAUGUUGACACCUGUGCCGAUGACUCCUAGUCCUCUAGCAGAGUCUGUUCCAUUCCAGGAAACAAAUCACACACCUCCUCCUCUUCCGAACAAAAAAACUGUCAUUGGUAGUAGUGGAAGUGGCAGCAAUCCUCCAUCUGUGACUGUAACUCCAAACCAUUCUCCCAUAAGAACUCCUGAAUCAAUGAUCAGAAGCCAGUCGAUACCGGCUGGGGUGAUGCCUCUAAUUCCACAGGAGGGUGAAUUAGAUGAUGAUGAAGUUUUGAACGAUAGAGAUGAAUCUAGUAGUGUUUAA